CCUGGAAGCUAGGGGUCACUGUUUUGAGCUGCUUGAUCUUGUUGCGUUUUUCCUGGCUGUGCUCUGAGCUCUGAUUGAUUCCUGCUCCUCCUCUUUCUUUCUUUUCCUUCUUUUUUCCUUCCUUGCUGGGCACACUGCUGCUAAUGAUGCAGUAGUAGCAGCAGCCGGAGCAGCAUCAGAUCAGUGCUUUGCUGAUUCACUUGCUUAGUCUUGGCUUGAGCACUAAGUCAGUCCGGUUGAGCAGCACCUUGAGUUGAGUGAUUGCAAGAGCUUGAUGAUUAUCUUCUUCGUAAUAAUGCGUUUCUUUGCUUUGCUCUGACCUGGAUUCCAAUCCAAGCUCUCGUCUCGCAUAGCUCUUGCUCCUUCCUCCCGUGGCCUGUGUGAUUUCUUGAGCUCUAAGCCAUUCGAUCUCCCUUCUUUUUGUGCAGUGUUUGAGUUAAGUUGAGCCCAGCAGUACGACUCUUCAGUGAUGUGCCAGCGGAUUAGCGUUUAAAGUCCAAGCCUUUCUCAUCCCUUCGUUUUUGAGUGACCCCGGAGAGAUAAGACUCCUUUUCUUGCUUCCUUAGAGCGUUGUUUUGUGUCACACGCACUGUUCCACAAAACCGCGGCAUGGGAUGGAUACCUGGAGCAAAGUGAAGUCUAAGUUUCCAAGGAGACCAGGAUUGGAAUUCCAUUACCAGUAGAUAAGAGCCGGUUUAUCCACUUUGGUACUACUACUGCAAGCACGCAAGCAAGCGAGGUCCAUUAGCACAAGCCAGCGACUUACACAAGUGGUGGUUUAGCCGAAGGAUUUUCCACUCGAGUUGCUGUAAAUCCCCCCCGGGUCAAGCUCGCUCCACACUCUCGGGGGCUUUGUCUCAGCAACAGCAGCAACUGCAACCAAGUAAGCAGUGCUUGAGUCCCUGUUUUGCUCGCAAAGUAGGAUGGAUUUAGAGGCAGAGAUCCCGGUGUCAAUGCCUCAGCCGAGCUACCUUCAUGACUCGUCCAACAAGUUGAAGCUCAUGGCCAGUGGUGCCAACGGAGUCACGCCCGUCACAGCCGUGGAAGAAGCCGCGGCAGCAGUGGUUGCAGCGUCGCGAGCUACUUUCGCUGAGCCCAUCCUAGCACAACCUCUUGCAGCCGGAACUCCAAACACCGCCACCACCACUAAUGGCUCCAAAGUUGAGCCGAGCAAGAAACCGGUGCGGUACAGGGAGUGCCUCAAGAACCACGCCGCUGGCAUCGGUGGUCAUGCUCUCGACGGCUGCGGAGAAUUCAUGCCCAGCGGAGAAGAAGGCACCAUCGAGUCGCUCAAGUGCUCGGCCUGCGACUGCCACCGGAAUUUUCACAGACGAGAAGUCGAAGGUGCCAAGGACGUGAUGUCCAAGAAGAAGCCAUCGUCAGUCCUCCCGCUGCAGCAACACGGCUCUCCACUGGGUUCCAUGGCCCGCUCCCCGGGAGCUCUCGUCGCUCUGAGUAAUUCCGACCAGUCGGAUGAUCACGACCUUGGAGCUCAGCACCAGACCACGUACAGCUUGGCUCACCACCUGAUUCCGUCUGCCAUCAAAAAGAGGUUCAGGACCAAGUUUACAAACGAGCAAAAGGAAAAGAUGUUCCACUUUGCUCACCGGCUGGGUUGGAAAAUCCAGAAGCACGACGAGGGCGAAGUGCAGCAGUUCUGUGCUGAUGUCGGGGUCAAGCGGCACGUCCUCAAGGUGUGGAUGCACAAUAACAAGAACACCUUCGGGAAGAAGAUGAGCUGAACAAGCAGCAGCCGCAGCAGCAGCAGCAGCAACAGCAACACUUGGUGUUCGUUCGUUUCGGUUUUUACGUCUCUCGUUCACGGUUGGUUUCUGGAGCAGAUUGGAAACAGGUUCUCUUUGCUCCUCCGAAAGUUUGUCAGGCUCUAAGAGAAGAGUUUCUUCAUCCUGUGCACAAACCAGAGAAGAAGAUCGUGAGGCUCAAUCAAACAAAGGCUGACAACUAAACCUCUAUGUAAGUAAAAGCUUAUUAGCUCUUGAGUUCCCGCUUCUUUCUUUCCGUGAUCUACAUUCUUUAACUUCUCCUUUCAUCUAGCGACUUGCAUAUUCCUUGCCUCUCUACACACAUAUCAUACGACUGCUGUAAACUACCAGUUCCGCCCCACUACUAUUCAUUUAUUUACCAUCGCUAGAAUUCCAGCAGUGCUGGGUUUCUAUCUCAAUAAAGUCAUUCUUUUUUUCUCUUC